CUUUAAAAGGCGGCACCCCACCCCCCGGCGCACUCGCCGCUCGGGCGCCGCGCGAGCCUGCCGCUGCCAUGCCUCCGCGCGCGCCGCCUGCGCCCGGGCCCCGGCCGCCGCCCCGGGCCGCCGCCGCCACAGCCAGCGCCGCGGGCGCGGGGGACGCGGGGGGCGCCGGCGGGCCCGGGACCCGGCUGCUCGCGCCGCGCCCCUGGCGCUGGCUGCUGCUGCUCGCGCUGCCCGCCGCCUGCUUCGCGCCGCCGCCGCCGCGCCCCGUCUACACCAACCACUGGGCAGUGCAAGUGCUGGGCGGCCCGGCCGCGGCGGACCGCGUGGCCGCUGCGCAUGGCUACCUCAACUUGGGCCAGAUUGGAACCUUGGAAGAUUACUACCAUUUUUAUCAUAGCAGAACCUUUAAAAGAUCGACCUUGAGUAGCAGAGGCCCUCACAACUUCCUCAGAAUGGACCCUCAGGUGAAAUGGCUGCAGCAACAAGAAGUGAAACGCAGGGUGAAGAGGCAGGUGCGAAGUGACCCACAGGCCCUUUAUUUCAACGACCCCAUUUGGUCCAACAUGUGGUACCUGCAUUGUGGUGACAAGAACAGUCGCUGCCGAUCAGAAAUGAAUGUCCAGGCAGCCUGGAAGAGGGGCUACACGGGGAAAAACGUGGUGGUCACCAUCCUCGAUGAUGGCAUAGAGCGGAAUCACCCCGACCUGGCCCCAAAUUAUGAUUCCUUUGCAAGCUAUGAUGUCAAUGGAAACGAUUAUGACCCAUCUCCACGAUAUGAUGCCAGCAAUGAAAAUAAACAUGGUACUCGUUGUGCGGGAGAAGUUGCCGCUUCAGCAAACAACUCUUACUGCAUCGUGGGCAUCGCAUACAAUGCAAAAAUAGGAGGCAUCCGCAUGCUGGACGGGGACGUCACGGACGUGGUCGAGGCAAAGUCGCUGGGCAUCAGACCCAACUACAUCGACAUUUAUAGCGCGAGCUGGGGGCCGGACGACGACGGGAAGACGGUGGACGGGCCUGGCCGACUGGCUAAACAGGCUUUUGAGCAAGGCAUUAAAAAGGGCCGGCAGGGCCUGGGCUCCAUUUUUGUCUGGGCAUCCGGGAACGGCGGGAGAGAGGGCGACUACUGCUCGUGUGACGGCUACACCAACAGCAUCUACACCAUCUCCGUGAGCAGCACCACCGAGAACGGCUACAAGCCCUGGUACCUGGAAGAGUGUGCCUCCACCCUCGCCACCACCUACAGCAGCGGGGCCUUUUACGAGCGCAAAAUUGUCACCACGGAUCUGCGGCAGCGCUGCACCGACGGCCACACCGGGACUUCAGUCUCGGCGCCCAUGGUGGCCGGCAUCAUUGCCCUGGCUCUGGAAGCAAACAGCCAGUUAACCUGGAGGGACGUCCAGCACCUGCUAGUGAAGACAUCCCGGCCGGCCCACCUGAAAGCGAGCGACUGGAAAGUCAAUGGCGCUGGGCAUAAAGUUAGCCAUUUCUAUGGAUUUGGCUUGGUGGAUGCAGAAGCUCUCGUCGUGGAGGCGAAGAAGUGGACAGCAGUGCCGUCCCAGCACACGUGUGUGGCCACCUCGGACAAGAGGCCCAGGAGCAUCCCUAUAGUGCAGACGCUGCGGACCACGGCCCUGACCAACGCCUGUGCCGACCACUCGGACCAGCGGGUGGUCUACCUGGAGCACGUGGUCGUUCGGAUCUCCAUCUCGCACCCGCGCCGGGGAGACCUCCAGAUCUACCUGAUUUCUCCCUCAGGAACCAAGUCUCAGCUUUUGGCAAAGAGAUUGCUGGAUCUUUCCAACGAAGGGUUUACAAACUGGGAAUUCAUGACUGUGCACUGUUGGGGAGAAAAGGCUGAAGGGGAAUGGACACUGGAAAUCCAAGACAUGCCAUCCCAGGUCCGCAACCCGGAGAAACAAGGGAAGUUGAAAGAAUGGAGCCUCAUUUUGUAUGGCACGGCCGAGCACCCGUACCACACCUUCAGCUCCCAUCAGUCCCGCUCACGGAUGCUGGAGCUCUCGGCCCCGGAGCUGGAGCCACCCAAGCCUGCUCUGCCACCAUCCCAGGUUGAGGUUCCCGAGGACGAAGAAGAUUACACAGCUCCCUCCACCCAAGGCUCUCCUAAUAUUUUACAGACCAGUGCGUGCCAUCCGGAGUGUGGUGACAAAGGCUGUGACGGCCCCAACGCAGACCAGUGCUUGAACUGCAUCCACUUCAGCCUGGGGAACGUCAAGACCGGCAGGAAGUGCGUGAGUGUGUGCCCCUUGGGCUACUUUGGGGACACAGCAGCAAGACGCUGUCGCCGGUGUCACAAGGGGUGUGAGACCUGCUCUGGCAGGAGCCCCACGCAGUGCCUGUCUUGCCGCCGUGGGUUCUAUCACCACCAGGAGAUGAACACCUGUGUGACCCUCUGCCCUGCAGGAUUCUAUGCCGAUGAGAGUCAGAAAAAUUGCCUUAAAUGCCACCCAAGCUGUAAAAAGUGCGUGGAAGAACCCGAGAAAUGUACUGUCUGUAAAGAAGGAUUCAGCCUUGCGCGGGGCAGCUGCAUUCCAGACUGUGGGCCGGGCACCUACUUCGACUCGGAGCAGAUCAGAUGCGGGGAAUGCCAUCACACCUGCCGCACCUGCGUGGGGCCCAGCAGAGAAGAAUGUAUUCACUGUGCGAAAAACUUUCACUUCCAAGACUGGAAAUGUGUGCCAACCUGUGGUGAGGGGUUCUACCCAGAGGAGAUGCCGGGUUUGCCCCACAAAGUGUGUCGAAGGUGUGACGAGAACUGCUUGAGCUGUGAAGGCUCCAGCAGGAAUUGCAGCAGGUGCAAGGCAGGCUUCACACAGCUGGGGACCUCCUGCAUCACCAACCACACGUGCAGCAACGCUGAUGAGACAUUCUGUGAGAUGGUGAAGUCCAACCGGCUCUGUGAACGGAAGCUCUUCAUUCAGUUCUGCUGCCGCACGUGCCUGCUGGCUGGGUAGGGGCACCUGCCACCCGCAGAGGGCAGGGCUCUCCUGUCCACCCAUCUGUCCGUCCACCUUCCUCCAGACUACUGGCCAGUCAGGGGCGGCGCCCUGCAUCUGACAGCUUUAUCUGCCCAGGAGCAAGGUCCUUCUGCAGCUUCUCUGGGCACCCAAGCCAGGUGGGUGGUGGCCCUUUUGGAGGUGUUCCCAAAACGGUGAUAUCCUCUCAAACACUGCUUGCUGGCUACAGUCUUCUGGUAAACUCUAAACAGGAACAAAAUGAAUUCUGGGAAUCCACAGCUCCGGCUUCGGAGCAGCUUCUGGGACCAUAAGUUUACUGAAUCUUCAAGACCAAAGCUGAAAGGAAAGACGCUUGGCAGAACACGUCACUGUUCUCCCCGUGCUUUUGUGCAGCUCCAUAGUAAAUCUCACCGGCCUGGCCAGCGAGCCCUGGGCCAUCCUCAUGCGUGACAAAGGGCCAGCAGUCUACCUGCUCAUCUCCUGCCACCAACCAGUCUAGGGGACGGUUUGGUCAGACUGUAAAUAAAAGAGGUUUGAGGGCCUAAAAGGUAUGACCACUGGGGACGGAGCAUCUAUUUCUACAUAAUCGGCUGCUUCUGAAACCGCAGCAGUGGCUUAGAAAGUCAAAUGCCAAACCCAGAUCGGAAGGUUCCUUCUCUGCAGCGUUCUCCCUUGAGUGAGCCGCGCUCUCCUUGGGACUGUGUUCUACCUGUGUCUCCAGGAGUCUUAAGGGGCGAGCGCCCACCUCUACCUGAUGCAGAGCCUUCUGAGGAGGGUGCUAAGGAGACACCGAGCAAUUCCUCUUAACAAAAUGUAAGCCCAGCCCACGAAUUGUUAGUCAUCCAUCACGUCCCACAUUAUGGAAUUGCUUCUAAGGUCCACUUGGCCUCUGCCCUCAGGAGACCUGCUCUUAAGGUGGACGCUUCUGUGUCUGUGUAAAUUACGAGCCUACGGGACGCAGUCGGAUUGAUUCUGCCAAACCUGUGUAGGCAUUUUAUAAGCUACAUGUUCUAAUUUUUACCAAUAUUAAUUAUUUUGACAAAUGUUUCAUAUAUUUUCAUUGAAGUGCACAGAUCUGCUUGAACAAUUCCCUGUAUGACAGGAGUAACAUUUGCCUUAAAUCUUUUCGACCUCUUGUUUCUCCAUAUUGUCCUGCUCCUCUCUGUGACCACAGCACAUUGGCCUUGUCCCCAUGAGCCGGAGAGAACCCAGCUGUUGUUCAUCAAGUCCACGAUGCCGAAAGAGAAAUCGACAAAGCAAAUACAAUGUUAACCCUAAAUUAAUAAAAGAGUUAACAUCCCAUGGCA